AUGGAUCUCGUCGGAAAGCUCGUCGGGAAAGUUCUCGAAUCCAAGAUGGGCGGAGGAGAGAGCCACAGCAGUGAGCAACAACAGCCUCAGCAGCAGCCUGAAUACUCCCAACCCCAGCCCAGCUACGGUGGCGGCAGUUACGAGCAGGGCGGGUAUAGCUCUGCCCCUCCCCCAGGACCCGGACAAGAUCUCCCUUACCCAUGGGAGGCACGCUUUGACGAUCAAAGCGGAAGCUGGUACUUUGUGAACGGACAGACUGGUGAGAGGACCUGGGAGCGACCGGGUCACGGCGGCCCGCCUCAGGGAUACGGUCAGCAGCCAUCGUACGGUGGGUAUGAAGGUGGGGGUGGAUAUGGCGGUGGGUACGGAGGUGGAUAUGGUGGUGAGAGGCAGGGAGAAUAUUAUCCCCAGGAGCAGGAGAAGCCCAAGAAGGACCAUAGCAUGAUGUACGGUGCCGGCGGUCUUUUGAUUGGUGCGGUUGGUGGUGCUCUUGCCAUGAACCAGGGAGAGAAGAUUCAUGACGGCUUUGAAGAAAAGAAAGAAUCAUUCGAGGAAGGUGUGGAAGACUUGCCCGAGAACGCUGCAAGGUGGACAGGCGAGAAGGUCGGUGAAGUUGAGGAAUUGCCCGACCGGGUCGAGGACGGGUUCGAUCGAUUCGGAGACAACGUCGAGAACAAAUGGGACAAUGCUGUCGAUGAUGUCCAAGAGUUCCCUGAAAACGCCGCCGAGUGGACUGGCGAGAAGGUUGGCGCUGUUGAGCAGUUUGGUGAUGACAUGGGCGAUGCAUAUGACGAGGGCAAGGAAGAGGGAAGAUACGAGGAGGAGUAUGAAUAA